CGUAUCGCAGGGGGCGCUGCCUUUAAACGAGGGGGAUUCCCUGGAGCUCUGCGGGACAUUGACCACCGAUCUCUCGCUCGGCUGAAUAGAUCAAUUUAAUAAAAGUUAUCUCGACUUCCACUUCACUAACUUGACACAAAACAGCCCACCAUGUCGCUCACACCCCCCCAAGCCCGCGCCACAAUCGACCGCCUCAUCACCAACCUCGUCAACAUAAAAGACACCACCGGGAAAUUCCUGCUGCACCUCGAAGACGGGCGCAUCAUCGACACAAAAUCCUGGGCCGGCUGGGAAUGGACGCACGGCAUCGGGUUGUACGGAAUAUGGAAGUACUACGAAAUCACCGGCGACGCCGCCCUGCUCCAGAUCAUCGAGGACUGGUUCUCCGCGCGCUUCGCUGAGGGCACAACAAAAAACAUCAACACCAUGGCCGUCUUCCUCACCCUCGCCUAUGUGUAUGAGAAAACAGGCAAUCAGACGUAUCUGCCCUGGUUGGAUGCGUGGGCGGAAUGGGCCAUGCAUGACCUCCCGCGCACGCCCUACGGCGGAAUGGCCCACAUCACCUAUCUCUCCGAGAACCACCACCACCAGCAGCUGUGGGACGAUACGCUGAUGAUGACGGUGAUGCCGCUGGCCAAGAUCGGGAAGCUGCUGAACCGGCCUGCAUACGUUGCCGAGGCGAAGCGGCAGUUCCUCAUCCACAUCAAGUACCUGUUCGAUACGAAGACGGGGCUCUUUUUCCACGGGUGGGAGUUCAAUACGGACCAGUCAGUGGCAGCUGGACAUAACUUUGCUGAUGCGCGGUGGGCGCGCGGGAAUAGCUGGGUGACGAUUGUGAUUCCUGAGUUUAUUGAGCUGCUGGACUUGCAGCCCGAGGAUCCGGUCCGGGUUCAUCUGGUUGAUACGCUUGUUGCGCAGGUGGAGGCGCUGAAGCGGCUUCAGACGGAGGAUGGAUACUGGCGCACGCUGCUUGACCAUGAGGACUCGUAUGUUGAGUCCUCUGCGACGGCGGGCUUUGCGUGGGGGAUCCUGAAGGCUGUGCGGAAGCGGUAUAUCAGUGGGGAGUACCGGGUUGUUGCUGAGAAGGCCAUCAAGGCGGUUCUCGGCAAGAUUGACCAGGACGGCGAGUUGCAGAAUACGAGCUUUGGGACGGGUAUGGGUGAUAGCUUGGACUUUUAUAAGCAGAUCCCCUUGACGAGCAUGCCGUAUGGGCAGGCCAUGGCACAGGGGGCGCUUGUCGAGUGGCUGCGGGGGACGUUUUGAUGGAUGUAUAUACGUGUUACGAAUUACGUACAUAGACUGCAUGUGCCCUGCGCCGCAUAUGGUAUAAAAACACCGCAGGGACUAUAUAUACUGGAGCUUCUAAAUUCCGCGAGCUGGAUAAGACAUUCAUCAGGUGGAUGCAUGUGUUGGUAUAGAAAUGAGCACUGGCAUGCAUAAAGUCACACGUACACAGAUGUAGGGAUGCAGGAUGAAUACAGAAAGGAGAUAAACAAGCAAGUGAAAAUAUUCAAGACCACACCUGGGGGCACUGAGAUGUGCCCUAAUGGCAACGGCCUUGCCAG